CAGCCCUGCUCGCGUCCUUUGCUCGACUCGGCGGCUAGUGCAUCCAUUGUGGCCACGGCGCCGAUGGGGAAGCGGCGGCGGCGGCGGCGACGACAACCGGCAUUAUGGAGACGGUGGAGCAGCUCGUCUCCUUCCACCGCAUUCAGGUGCAGCUGAGCGGCGGCGCGCCGUGGGGCUUCACGCUCAAGGGGGGCACCGAGCACGGAGAGCCGCUCGUCAUCACCAAAAUUGAGGAGGGAGGCAAGGCGGCCCGCUGCGAGAAGCUGAGAGUGGGCGACGAGCUGAUCAACAUCAACGGCUCGGCCCUCUACGGCAGCCGACAGGAGGCGCUCAUCCUCAUCAAGGGCUCCUACAGGAUCCUCAAGCUCGCCGUCAGGAGGCGCAGCAUCCCACACAUCAGACCUCCCUCCUGGCUUCCGAUCGAAGUGCCCCCUCCUCCUCCGCCUCCCCCGCCGUGUCUCCCUCUCCCUGCCGACUCCCCCCCGCUGCCCCCGCCUCCCGCUCCACCUGCCAUGCAGCCCCACCCCUGCGCCUGCACGCUAACCUGGAACACGAGUGACAACAGUGACCUGCCCAUGCAGUGGGGCCAGUUGUGCAGACCUUACUCAUCCACCGAUCGGAGCAGUUCCCUGGGCUCCAUGGAGAGCUUGGACACAGCCACGCCCAUCCCGCAGCCUUACUCCGACUCGCGCAAUUCGCCCGUAGACCAGACGCUCUUCAACAGCAAGAGAGACUCGGCCUACAGCUCCUUCUCCGCCAGCUCAAACAUGUCCGACUACACCGCGGUGCCGCUCAGGCCGGUUGACGUAUGCUCCGCCGACGGCUUCCCGCAAAACCUGGCGCCGAUUCGUCCGAGCUCCGCCGCCGCCGCAGACGGACGUUUAUCCGACGAGGCCCGGGCCGAGGCACAGCGGGUGGGCUUCAAGUUCAGCUCAUUGAACAGGCCCAGGCAGAAACCCAAAGAGAGACCCUCGUCGUGGAGGGGCGGAGACUUUGACCUGAUAAGAAAUGGAGAAUGCAGAAUAGCAGCACACGGCAGUCCCGCUCACUCUCCAAACAGCGACCACAGUCUGGAGAACAAUCCGGGUUGCCCUCAUCUUCCAAACCAACGUUGCGCUUCCGCUCCGACUGAUAUCGCCUACGAGGAAACGGUGCCUUCUCCGACCAAUGAACCGGCAACUCCUAACGGCUUCCAACAAGUCGAAGAAAGCAGUCAUUUAGAAUGCUUCCACAGUCAGAGCGAAUGUGAUCUGAGAGACGAGUUGGACGCAACCGUUCGUCAGCUCCCUGCGGCCUCUGACGGACCUGCUUCGUUCCCUUUACACGCUUCAGUAGAGCUUCAGGAGGAGUCGCAAAUCAAUCAUUCCGCUUCUACUGGUCUUCAGUGGCAAAAAGACCCCGAUAAUACACAACUUGGAUGUUCACAGCUGACUAGCAAUAACUCCUCGCCGGAAGCGUACAGUCAUCCUUCUUGUAGUCGGUGGUCUUCAGGAUCUCCAGAUGCAGCGGAGAGUCGGGAACGUUGCCGGGAGCCGCCCAAGAAAUGGGGGCAAAGCUGCUGCUCCACUCCUGAAUGUGUGCUCUCGGAGGAAGGAAGGGGAGCCAUCCAACAUCUCCACCCUUGGGGCCGCUCUGUGAGCGCACCUGAGGACACAGCAGAGCCAUCAACACAAGGCGGGGUGGACCCUGCUGACCAAAUGCUCGGAGGAGAUUUUGAGCCUCUUAGUGCGGCCGCAAGCGUCGACACUUUACUGGAAGAGCAGAGGGUAGAUGAGAGAAGAAGUGAAGUCAUCUUAAAUGUCAGUGACGCUACGGCGAAAAAAACAAACUCUUCGAGGAACCAUCGGAGAAACCGUCGCCGUAGCGAGCGCUUUGCGACCAACCUCCGAAACGAGAUCCAGAGGAAGAAGGCCCAACUUCAACAAAGCGCUGGCCCAGGAGGGUUGAUCUCUUGCGGGGAAACGGUCCAGGAAGAGGACGGUGCAGAUCUCCACGAAGAGUCUGAAGACCCGGACGCUGAAGUCAACAAAAGCCAAACCAAAGUGAUAUUUGGUGCACAAGAUGAGAAAUCAAUCAAUUCGGUCAAACAGAAUUGUGACGAUUCAGCAUCUACGACCACAUCCGUUCAAAUUAUGGACACGGGCGUUCCCAAUUUCCGUGUCGGCGUCCGAGUGGUGGAGGAGCCGGCUCCGGCCGGCAAGGCCCGCCGCUGGCGUUGGACCCCCGAGCAUAAACUCCAACCGGAACCCAGUAGACUGUAUGGCGUCGUUGGCGAGAGCGUGUCGAGGCACGGCGUUUGCGCCUUCACUUCCGCGCCCACCUGCGCCCACUCCGCUUCCUGUUCUCGGAUGGAGGAGUCCGACAUCCUUCCUUUUGCAGAUAGGAGGAAGUUCUUUGAAGAGACCAGCAAGGCGUCCGGACUUCAGAAGUAUCAGGAAGGGAGCGAGCGGGGCCCGUCCACAAACCAACGGAGGCACUCCUACCAGGGAGAAAAGGCGCGGCAUUCAAACGCAGACCAAGACAAAAGGCCGUCGGUGUGCGACAGACAAAAGAAGAAGGAGCACGCGCCGAGUAAAGAACGGGAGGAGAGCGCUCGGGACAGAAAAUGGGACAACACGUCGCGAGAAGUUGAGAUGCAGCGGGAGAAGGAACGACAGGAAAGGGAAGUGGAAAGAGAGAGGCUCAGGGAGAAAGAGCGACAGGAAAGGGUGAGACUGUGGGAACGCCAGAUGGAGUUCCAGUUGGAGAAGGAAGGAGAGGAAGAGAUGAGAAGGCAAAGGAAAGAGUUUUGCAGGAAGCCAGACGGGAAUCGUCAAGACCACUCGCAUCCGAGCAACGGCAGCCAAGUCCGACCGACAUUGUGCCAGGGAAGGAGGGACAUGCCGACACAAUAUCCUGCCCAGCAACAUGAAACAAGCAAACUGAACAGAAAGUACAGCUUGACGGAGAGAGACUACACCGGCUGGAGACGGGAAUCGCAGCCUGCAGACGGCAUCGGUCUGCAUCAUCAGCCAUCGUGGAUCCCGGGACGGGCGAUCGGCAACAGAAACGAUUGCAACGGACACGCGGCAGCCCCCCUCUCCCAGUGGGGCCGCACCAUGUCGGAAAACGAUCUCCAUGCCGGUCAGCGCCGGUCACGUUCCGUCGGCCCGAUGUUGAGGGAAGUGGAGGAAGGAGCGGACUCGGCGGAGGACCCGCUGAGCCAGAAGAAGAAGAAGAAACCACCACCGAGGCCCCCGCCGCCCAAGUGGGAGCAGUUCCACCGCAGGCGAUCAUCGCACCACACGCUAUUUGCUUCUUCUUCGACCGCCCCUCCGCAACAUCCCUGCACGGAACCGCCCUCGGAAGAGCAGCGCUUUUCUAGCGCCGAGCCGUCCAGGCAGAGGUCGUAUAGCCUCCCGCCGCAGAGGCAGGAAGCGGCGGCGGAGGGGUGCCCGCGUUGCAGCUGCCACCAGCCUCGGACUCCAGAUGCCGCCUUCGCCCACAUCCCGGCCGAUCGGCCUCACUUUGCUGAGCUCUCCUUUUCCAUCGCCCCACCCAGUCCCAUGUUAUCCAGGCGGGCCUUCAGGCCGGUGAUGCCGACCUACUUGGACCACCAGCACGAGAGCGAGACGGCACCCCCGCCUGCGCCUCAAAACAGUGAGGAGAUGUGGAAUUCUUACAAGCCACCAUCCGGACCUGGAGCUGAGUGGGAGCGAAGUCUGUCAUCCGGACUUCAAAGCGACUACACGCUUCCACUUGCUGUGGCAAAUGGACACCUCAGUGGUGUUUUACUUCCUGAAUCCUUCUCUGUGCUGAACCACAAGCAGCAGCAGCAGCAGAUGUAUGUCCAGAGUGUUGAGCCACCAAAAGUCCAGGAAACCGGAACCGAGUCGGAGACCACCCUCAGCCCGAGUCCCACCCACAGCCUGGAGGCAGAACUGGAUAUCCCUUUCGAAACGGACAUCGACGACUUCCAGGAAGACGAGGGACUUCCCGCGGAGGAGGAGCCGCUCACCAGCGAGCUUCCUUGCUUCGCCUUGCCGGCCACCGUCCUGGAGACGGACAUCGACACCUUAACUGAGCCGCGGGCCGAUCCGGUGGGCAGCGUCCGGACGGAGUGCAGCUCCGCGGAGGAGGAGCCGGAGAGCGGCAGGGAGAGACUGAGCUUGGAAGAGCUCUUCCCUCACAGCGCUGAGGGAGAGUCGGGCACGGAGAGCUGGAAGGGGGCCUUCCACAACACUGAUAGCUUGGACAGGCAGUCCGGCGCGAGUUCCAGUUGCUCCUCCUAUUACAGCACGUCGGCGGCCAAGGCUCAGCUCUUGUCCCAGAUGAAGGAUUUGACCAACCGAGAGCGGGAAGAAGACGACGAGCUUACCUACAAGAGACAGCUGAUGGAAAGUCUGCGAAAGAAACUGGGAGUACUGAGGGAAGCCCAGCGGGGGCUUCAGGACGACGUCCGAGCCAACGCGCAGCUGGGAGAGGAAGUGGAGGGCAUGGUGGUGGGCGUGUGCAAGCCCAACGAGGUGGACAAGUUCCGCAUGUUCAUCGGAGACCUGGACAAGGUGGUCAGCCUGCUGCUGUCGCUGUCGGGGCGUCUGCUGAGGGUGGAGACGGCGCUGGACAUGCUCAACCCUGAAACUGAAGAUGACGAGAGGCUCUCCCUGCUGGAGAAAAAACGCCAGCUCAUGAGGCAGCUAUCUGAGGCCCAGGACUUGAAGGACCACGUCGACCGCAGGGAGCAGGCCGUCAGCCGGGUUCUGGCCCGAUGCCUUUCUCCCGAGCAGCACCGAGACUACAGCCACUUUGUGAAGAUGAAAGCAGCCCUGCUGGUGGAGCAGAAGCAGCUGGAAGACAAGAUCCGGCUGGGAGAGGAGCAACUGAGAGGGCUCAGGGAGAGUCUGGGGCUGGGCCUCGGUCUGGGAUUGGGAAUGUCCGUGGGAUAUGGACAUUACUGACGGGAUGAAAAAAAACGUUUCUCAGGUUGCCAUGCAAAAAUUCAAACGUGUGGGAAGUUCAGUCAAAGCGCGACACGGAAGCAACUGUGCUGCUUUGAAAGACGACUUGAUAUCAGCGAGACGCUCCGCUCGUGGGUGUUAUUCCACUACCAAAGAAAAAAGGCCAGACUUUUUGUGUGUGUGUGUGUGUGUGUUUUGAUGGUGCUUCACAUGCAAUUGCAGUUGAUUUGUUUUGUUACAUUUGAUUUGCUGCGCUGGGUUUGACACUCCGCUCACGUAAAUGUAUAGAAGAUGCCCGUGUUGAUAAUGUAUACAUUGUGUGUGUAUAUAGAUUUGAAUCGGGCUGUAAUGGCCGGUAAGAAAUGCUUAGAAAACGAGCAGCUGUCUGAAUACUGACGUAUAUUUUUUACUUUUAUUCAUAAAAUCGACUCAGUUGAACUUGACUUUUUUUUUUUUUUGCUUGUUUUUUUUGUUUGUUUUGGUCAUCAUCCAUUAAACUUUAUCCAAGUGCCCACUA